CUUUAAACCCUAAUUAAACAUACCCAAGUUCAAAAAAUCACCAAACAAAGAAAAUGAACCCUUCUUCUUCUUCUUCUUGUUCCCUUUUGUUCACUCUCACAAUCAUCUUUUGUUCUCUCCAUUCUCUAGGGUUUGCCAACCGUCUCAUCCAACAAACAUGCAAGAAUUGCUCAAAAACCGACCCAAACAUAAGCUACAACUUCUGUGUAGCAUCCUUCGAAUCCAACCAUAGGAGCCAACAUGCGAAAAACCUGGAAGAACUAGGUUUAAUCUCCAUCAAGAUUACAAGGCACAAUGUGUCGGAUACUAAUGCUCACAUCAAUGAUCUUUUGGAGAAGAACAAGAGCUUAGGCCCAUUCAUGAAAGAAUGCUUAGAUGAUUGCCUUGAAGUCUAUUCCGACACCAUUUCCACUUUCAGAGAAGCCAUUAGAGAUUACAAGGCCAAACGCUAUUCCGAUUGCAACGUGAAACUAAGCUCAAUCAUCGAUGCCUCUACCACCUGUGAAGAUGGAUUCAAGCAGAAGAACAAUGGCGUCGUUUCUCCACUCACAAAAAGAAACAAAGAUACCUUUCAACUUUCUGCUAUUGCACUUUCCAUUGUUAACAUGCUCAUCAAUUCGGAUCUAUAAAGAAAAAGGUCCAUUCUUAUUACUUUGUAUGAUGUUAAUUA